GAGAAUGUCGGCUGUUGAAGUUCCCAAUCGUCCCGUCAUCGCAGCAAAGGAGAGAGGUCCUGGACCAGGUCGUUAUGCUCUUCCAUCAACAGUGGGAUUCAACACUCAUGAUUUUACAAAACACAUGAACCCUGCCCAUUCCUUUGGUCAUAGAUUGGAAAACCCAAUGUUUCGUAAAGAUAGUAGUCCAGGACCCACAUAUUUUAUUAACUCUAGUGUCACACGCUGGGGCCGUGAUGGAACACCCGCUUACUCCAUUUCUGGUCGGCUGAGAGAUAUCAACUCCUUCAGCACCCCAGCCCCAGGAACAUACUCUCCCGAACAAGUGCAUCCCCAGGGAGAGCGACAUGCGCCUGCCUAUUCCAUGGGUUCCCGGACUCGAUACCGUCAGCACGACAAUGUUCCUUCUCCCAGCUGCUACUCCCUGCCUCACCUGCUGGGAUCCAAGGUACCGCAUAAAGGUUCAUCGCCCAGCUACACGAUGACCGGGCGCAGCAAGACGGGAGCGUUUUCCGAGGACCUUGCCAAGACCCCCGGCCCCAACUGCUACACGCUUAUAACGCCCGACCUGUUCCGACGCAAGGCCCCCGCCUACUCGAUGCUGGGACGCAACGAGAUGCCCGGAGACCGCACUUCUAAGCCGGGACCAGGAGCGUACAGCCCAGAGAAGGUGAGGCUCAACAAACAGGCCUCGCCAACCUUCUCAAUGGGGAUCCGACACUCCGAGUACAUCACGCCGCUGAUCAUAGAUGUCACUGACUAGGCGAGCUCUAGCCACUUCGCCGCCUGCUGACAUUUGUGACGUGGCUGACCCGAGCAGUGACGUCAACUAAAUCGCAAAUAAUGUAAAGAAAUCGACCAUGUUAUUAUGCAGCAUGUUUGUUUAGAUAAAAUCAUA